AUGAAAUUAUCAUUUCCCAUAAUCAGAAAUUAUUCCAAAGCAGGGUCUCUUUUAAAAGACUCGUUAGCAGAACUUGCAACUAACUCUUCACAUCUAUCAAGACAACCCAAAUCUCCUGCAAGAACAAGAUUUGCACCUUCACCAACAGGGUUUUUACAUCUUGGAUCUUUGAGAACGGCAUUGUAUAAUUACUUGUUAGCGAAAAGCACAGGGGGAAAAUUUAUUUUACGAAUUGAGGAUACAGACAGAAACAGGUUAGUUCCAGGAGCAGAAGAUAAUAUCAUCCAUACUUUAAAAUGGUGUAACUUACAAAUAGAUGAAGGUCCAGUAGAAGGUGGGCCAUAUGGUCCAUAUAGACAAUCAGACAGAAAGCAUAUAUAUCAAAAGUAUGCCAAUGAGAUGCUAUCUAAAGGGCUAGCAUACAAAUGUUAUUGUUCAAAAGAUCGAUUAUUGGAAUUACGUGAAUCUGCCCAAAGACUAAAACCACCAACGAAUGUCACAUAUGACCGAAAAUGCAUUCUGGAAAAGGAGCACGAAGGAUUACCGUAUGUGAUUAGGUUCAAGUCACCUAACAAAUACCCACCAUUUAAAGAUUUAUUGCACGGCGAAUUAAAUUUGCAACCCCAGUAUAAUGACAAGGAUAGACGAUUUGAUGAUUUUGUCAUUGUCAAGAACGAUGGCAUGCCCACUUAUCAUUUUGCCAAUGUUAUUGAUGACCAUCUAAUGAAAAUCACUCAUGUGGUUAGAGGAGAAGAAUGGCUCCCGUCAACUCCAAAACACAUUGCAAUGUAUCAUGCCAUGGGAUGGGAGCCUCCUCAAUACAUUCAUAUUCCAUUACUCACAUCAUUAAAAGAUAAAAAAUUAUCUAAAAGAAGUGGAGACUUGAAUAUUUUGAAAUUGAAAGAUGAGGGCAUCCUUCCAGAGGCAUUAGUCAAUUUUGUGGCAUUGUUUGGGUGGUCACCAGUGAGAAACAACGGUGAGAAAUUUAAUGAAGUAAUGGAUUUAUGUGACAUUGUUGAAUUGUUUUCAAUUGACCAACUAACUAAGGGCAAUGCAAAAGUAAAUGACCUGAAGUUAUACUAUUUUAAUAAACUUCAUUUGGCUAAAAAAUUGGAGAGUGCUGAAGGAAUGGAAACUCUUGUUGAAGAGUAUUAUCCACACUUUAAACAGUUUAGUCAUCAAUCCAAGGAUUAUCUUUACAAGUUGUUAACAUUCAUGGGGCCAAAUCUUACCAGUAUUCAUGAAAUAGAAACUGACCAUCAGUAUCUUUUCCAAGAAAUUGACUACAGUAUGGUAAAAGUACCGAGCGAGCAAACAAAAGGUGUCUUAGAAUACGUUUUGCUGCAUGGCUAUUAUGAUGCAGUUGAUAAAUUACCUCACCAAGGCAUUCCAAAGAAGAAUAUUUUCAUGAGUCUUCGGUAUGCUUUGAGUGGUGGGAAAUCCGGCUUGGCUAUACCCCAUUUUAUAGAAUUAUUGGGUGAGGACGAAUUUAACAGAAGAUUGCAAAAUUCCCUUAAGAGUCUCAUGUAA